AUGUCAAGCAACUCUGCCACCCGCCCCGUCUUCCCCGAGUUCAACCUGCCCCCCACCGGACACCCCCCAGGCACCCGCGACACCGCAACGCAAACCACACCCACCGAAUCAACGAGCCCGACUGCCAACAAAGAGGACUCCCCACUCCAGCCUCAACAAAGAGAACCGUACUCUAACGCAGAGCUGUACAACGGCACCCUCGCUCCCAACAGGCCUAGCACAGCUACAGCCGCCGGGAGUGAGACCUGGCCUCCUCCGCCUGAGUUAGCGGAGCUAGACGAGCUCCUCUGCCCGGUCCCGCGCUGCACGGAGACCUUCAUGCGCGGCGAUAGCAAGGCUUUGAUGGAUCACCUGCGCGGUUACUGGGCGCGUGUGGAGGAGGUGCGCAGGCGCGGGGUGCGGCCGGGUGUGUUUGAGGAGGCGCAUGCGGUGGCGUAUUAUCUGGAGAGCAGUCUUGACGAGGAGCGACAGGACGGUGGAGUGCGGCGGCGGGAGGAUGGGGAGGAGAAGCGGCGGGGUAGGGAGGCUUGGGCGGGGGAGGUGGACGGUGGCGAUGAGCGAGGGGAGGGUGGAGAUAAGGGAGGGGAGGUGCAGUCGUGA